UUCAUUCAAUCUGGAGCGUCAGAUGGUUGCUCUGGCGGCACAAGGUGCACUAGCAUCUCGCUAUUGUCCAUUUUCUGGGACUACUGUAGCGUCACUGUCACUGAUCUUAAUAGCGUUAGCUGUUAUUGAUAGAUGCGAAUAAAAAUCAUGAGGCACAAGGGACACGGAGCAAUGAAUUCAGCAGCUGAGGAUAUUCAGCUGUGAAGACACAAACAGCUCAGCUCUGCCGAUCUCGGACAGGAACUGGAAAUCUCUCCCAUUCAAUCUUCCCCGUGCUGGGCUGCUUCGCCUGACAAAACUGAAAGAGCACACAUAACGGAGCUCCGUCUAACGCUCUUUGCUCGACAACCACAUUGUCCUGUCUCGUUCUGAAAGAUAACAGCAGCUGACUUUCUCCUGCCGUCAUUAUCUGGGUAAAUGCUCCUGUAUCUUACGACCUGGACAACCUAUCUAUGGAGGGAGGAGCGAAGAGAGCAGCCUCAUCGCCGUAAACAACACUGUAACGCUUUGUCUAUAACAGGGGCUGUGGUGAAAAGAUUGGCAUAGCUCAUUCCACACAGGACAAUAAGAUGGGCAUUUGGACGGAGCGUUUUUAUGGUCGCUAGUUUGGCUUCCUUUGUAAUUUACGGAUACGUUUCCCGUUCAAGUUUAAAUACCUGUCGGUGCAAGCAUGCGCUUUGUUUUUAUUUGCAUUAACUAGGAUUUGGUUUCUAAUGCAUACUGUUGUUUUAAGUAAAUAGUCUAUGAGCCAGAACAAACGGACUUUAACAAUUCUUGUACUGGCACAACAAGCAUCGGCAACUCCAAAGUGCUUUCUGAGAUAGCCCACCGGAUUAUUGAUUAGUUGUGUUUUCAUACCUUUAUAACUGGAUAUAGUGUUUUUUAUCGUGGGCACGAAGUGAUGUUACGCAGACAAGAAGGCAAUUCUAAUUGAUGAAUAGCGCGUGGAAACGAAUCGGUCCUACAGCACGUCACCUGCACGGAGUGGCCUCUCGCUGGAACUGCUUGGUCAAUACCAAAGGGAUUGGGGAUUUUGGAGUUACAGUGAUCCACGUGGAACGGGGAUCUUAAGUGGCCGGUUAAUCAUGGGUUGUUGCAGUGGCCGGUGUACGCUGGCCUUUAUAUGUGGCAUGCAGCUGAUUAGCAUAUUGGAGCGACAGAUAUUUGACUUCCUUGGAUACCAGUGGGCUCCGAUCCUUACAAACUUUGUACACAUCAUCAUGGUAAUCCUGGGGCUCUUCGGAACCGUGCAGUUCAGACCACGAUACGUCACAGGGUAUGCGGUCUGGCUGGUCCUUUGGGUCACCUGGAAUGUCUUUAUCAUCUGCUUCUACCUGGAAGUGGGGGACCUUUCCAAGGACACCGACCUGAUCAUGACCUUUAACCUCUCCAUGCACCGGUCCUGGUGGAUGGAGAACGGCCCCGGGUGCAGGGUUACCCCGGUGACCCCGCCUCCCUCCUGGGCGCCCGAGGACCAUCGCUACAUCAGCAUCUCCGGCUGCAUGCUGGAGUACCAGUAUGUGGAGGUGGCCCACGGCUCGCUGCAGAUCAUCCUGGCGCUUGCCGGGUUCAUCUAUGCCUGUUACGUUGUGAAGCUCAUUUCGGAGGAAGAGGAUAGCUUUGACUUUAUAGGCGGGUUCGAUUCCUACGGUUAUCAAGGGCCACAGAAGACGUCGCAUCUCCAGCUGCAGCCCAUGUACAUGUCGAAGUGACCAGGACAACUGCCUUAUAAGCAAGACCGAUAGACAACUUUUGCUUUUUUUUUCUUCUUUCUUAAAUGUCUUAAAAUUAUACAGUGUCUUACAAACUGUCUGAAAAGAAGAAAACACCAGGAGAUGUGACGGUUAAACCUCAAAGACUGAAACAAACGCGUUGGCCUUUCCUUUGUCUCUGCUCAGGCUGGGCUCGGGGAGGGCUGUCAGCAGAUGCAGUAGCGCCCCCCUGUGGUGACAUCCUCUUCACGCUCUCUGGAUCUCCACACCGGUUUUUUGCUCUCUGACAGCAGAGUGACUAGGAUGUUAAGGCUGCGAAUGAUAUCGAUCCUGAUCGACUUCUCCCAAAGGGAUUGAGAUUCUGGACAAAAAAGGAACCGUUGGAAUUGUGCCAUGUACUGACAGCAGUCGGCGCAGUGACUGUGUGUCAGUUUGUGCUGAUUAACAUGAUUAGAAAUCCUCUUCACUAAGGGAAUGUUCAUUUACUCAUCAAUACAACCUUAGUCAGAAUAUGACAGUAGCCCCAGCUCCCUGCUUCACUCAAAAGUAUUAACACUUGAAGCCAUGACUUACAGUGUGUGCUUAUGUAUUCCCUUCCUCUAUAUCUGCAACAGAGUACAUUCUAACCUAAGGCCAGCACAGGCAAGAGGUUGAUCACAUGAAAUAGGGAGCAGAGUUGCUUUUUUAUUUCCUGAGGUUGUAUUUGUCCUGGAAGUGCCAAGAACAAUGACAGAAAAUGAUCUGGUGAAAACAGCGGAUAUUUCCCACAGAGAAAUACUUUUGUUGCUUGUUUUUUUUUUCUGAAGUUCAGGUCAUUCAAACAGAAUAUUUCUUAACUUAAGUUGGCAUUUCUUUCAUAAAGUUGUUUCCA